AUGCCUCUGGCGCUGGCCCUGGUGCUGCUCUGCGGCCUGAGCGCCCGUGGAGGCUGGGGCUGCCUGCAGUGCGACCACUCGGUGCAGGACGCCCUGAGCCAGCUGCGCUCCGCGCUCAUCCCCAGGCGCUUCCACCGGGAGCGGCUGCAGGCCCGCGCGCAGGCCCUGCUGCUGGGCAUGGAGGGGCCUUUCUUCAGGGACUACUCGAUGAACGCCUUUGUCGGGAAAGUGGAGGUAAACCAACUGGAAGGCGUGGCGACCUUUAUCAAGAACCAAACAGAGCACAUAAAGGUCAACUCUCUGUCAGAUGGGCCUCUGCUGGAAGAACUGGUGGACUUUAGGGAGAGAGUGACCAAGGAACUCAAGAAGGUUUUGAAAUCCUAUGAAUCAAAAGCCUGUGAUCGAAAAACGUGCCGCUUACUCAAAGAAGAGGUCUGGGACUGUUUAAAAUGCCAGAAAAUCAAUCCCGCAUGUAUCAAUGAAAAGUUCUGCUUUGUGGACGGGCAGCCCCGCAUGUCCCUGCAGUACCAGACGGAUGAUGACUACUUGAAGAACCAGGCUCUGCUGGGCAUCAUCGUGUCCGUGAUUCUGGCUAUCUUUCUCUUCGUGGUCAUCCUGAUCGCGGGUUGUACAUACAGGAAAAACCGAAAACUCCUCUUGCAAUAG